CCCAGGUGCCCGGCCCUGCAGCCCCAAGUACUUCGGCCGCGAUGCCAUGGUGUGUGUCUGCAACGCCACGUACUGCGACACGCUGGACCCCGUGGUCCUGCCGGCCCUGGGCACCUACGUCAAGUAUGAGAGCAGCAAGGCUGGCAAGCGGCUGGAGCGCAGCGAGGGGAGCUUCCAGCACAGCCUGCAUGCCCCAGGUACCUGCUGCAGCUGGCAGAGAUGGGCCGGACCCUGCCUGUGGCCCACCAUCACACUGGCUUCCCUCCCUGCAGAUCUCGUCCUGGCAGUGGACACGACACAGCGGUACCAGAAGGUGAAGGGUUUUGGUGGCUCCAUUACCGACGCAGCUGCCAUGAACAUCUUUUCUCUGCCAGAAACAGCCCAGGAUCACCUACUGCGCUCGUACUUCUCUGAGGAAGGGCUGGAGUACAACCUCGUCCGGCUCCCUAUGGCCAGCUGCGACUUCUCUCUCCAUGCCUACACCUAUGACGAUGUUCCCUUUGACUAUGAGCUUGCCCACUUCAGCCUGCGAGACGAGGACACAAAGCUGAAGAUCCCCCUCCUGCACCGAGCCUUGGCCAUGAGCAAGCGGCCGCUGUCACUGUACGCAAGCCCCUGGACCUCCCCGACCUGGAUGAAGACCAGUGAGUCCUUUGUGGGGAAGGGCACGCUGAAGGGGCAGGCAGGCGACAAGUACCACAAGACCUGGGCCAACUACUUUGUACGGUUCCUAGAUGAAUACGCCAAGCACAACCUCUCCUUCUGGGCAGUGACGGCGGAGAACGAGCCUUCGGCCGGGCUGAUCAACAACUACCCCUUCCAGUGCCUGGGCUUCACAGCCGAGCAGCAGCGGGACUUCAUUGCACGGGACCUGGGCCCCGCGCUGGCCAACAGCUCCCACCACCACAUCCAGCUCAUCAUCCUGGAUGACAACCGGCUCCACCUCCCGCACUGGGCCAAAGUGGUCCUGGAGGAUGAAGAGGCAGCUCGCUACGUCCACGGCAUUGGCAUCCACUGGUACCUGGACUUCAUUGGUCCCAUACAGGACACAGUGGUGCCCACUCACGAGCUCUUCCCCGACUACUUCAUCCUGGCCACAGAGGCGUGCAUCGGGGCCCAUUUCUGGGAGAGGGAUGUGAUCCUGGGCUGCUGGGAGCGGGGGAACCAGUACAGCCACAGCAUCCUGAUGAACCUGAACCACUUUGUGGCCGGCUGGACUGACUGGAACCUGGCCCUGGACCUGGAGGGGGGCCCCAACUGGGUCAAGAACUACGUAGACAGCCCCAUCAUUGUGGACACCAGUGAAGGCAUCUUCUACAAGCAGCCCAUGUUCUACCACCUGGGGCACUUCAGUAAGUUCAUCCCUGAGGGCUCCCAGCGCGUGGGGCUCAUCGCCUCCAAAGAGUCCAAGAAGGUGGACCUGGAGUACACGGCUUUCCUGCGCCCUGAUGGCGCUGUGGUGGUGGUGGUUCUGAACCGGUCCCUGCAGAACAUCACCUUCGGGUUGGCUGAUACGGUUGGCCUCAUCGCAGCUGUGGCUCCGGCCAGCUCCAUCCAAACCUACCUGUGGAAGCGGCAGUGACAGGGCUGGGACACCCAUGGCUGGCCAAGGGCCAAACUGAGCCAGGCCAGGAGAGCAGCCCCACGAUGCCCACAGGCUCGGGCCUGGGAGCAUGGAGGAGGCGGCUCACCGCUGCCUGUGCCAUGACAGAGCCAAGCACUUGGGUGAGCUAGAGGAAUGAGCCAGGCCAGCGAGCGCCGUGCGCGUGCAGGAGGGCCGGGAGCACCGGUGCCCUUGAGAUGGAGAUCGCACAGGCUGUGACUGCUGUUUUCUGCUGCUCUGACAUUAAAUGCUGAUGCUGCCUUUAUGUCUGCAGCUGGAAGAGAAAUGUCCAGGUCCCUCCCCUGCUCCUGGGUACCACCUGGGCACAGAGCCCGUGGGGGUCCCAAGAGCAGUCCAGAGCACCUG